AUGGCCACCGAGAAGAUGCAAAACGAAAGCAAAGCCUUUCACCCCUCUUACGACCAGCGAAAUGCCUUCGUCGCCUACAGUCUUCAGGAGAAGCACGGCAAGUUCAACCCGGAGAAGGCCCGGCCGCUGGGCGCUCUGGACUUUGUCGGCCACGAUCGGAGAACCGCAUGGACGGCCCUGGGCGACCUCUCUCAGGCGGAGGCGCAGCAGGCCUUCAUCGCCCUCCUCCACUCGCUCUGUCCCAUCUUCCGUCCCUACGUCGCCGCCGUCCGCUGCGACCUCGAUGACAAGGAGCGGAAGCGCCGAGAAGCGGAAGAGGCCGAGGCCCGGGCCAAGCAGGAGGCAGAGGAGGGGGAAAGGCGACGAGCAGAGGAGGCGGCGGCCGCCGCCGAGCUGGAGAAGCAGCGCAAGUACGAGGAGCAAAAACGCACCAUCCAGGAGAUUCUCAACCGCCAGACGAUCCACCAGUUCAGCACGUACGCCCGCCAGCAGUACCCGGACUCGACCGAGCUUCAGCAGGCGCUCAUUAGUCAGCUGCAGGAGCAGCACUUUCAGCAGUACAUGCAACAAAUGAUGGAGCAGUCGGCGGACCUCCUCGAUGGGACCAUGCUGGCGGCCGGGGGUGGUAGUGGUGCAAUCAACAACAACAGUGGCAAUCAACAGAGCAACAAUCAUCAACAGGAAGUGGAAACCUCCACGGUGGCCAUCACCAUGGUCGAUGGGUCGCCCGUGAAGACAUCCUCGGCGGCCACUUCAGAAGCCGCGACCAUCACCUUGGAUGCAAUGAUCAGCAACGCCUCGAUGUGGACGCGCAAGGACAUUGCCACGUUCAAGGAGACGAUCCGCGCGGAGGGCGGCGACGGCAUCCUCAAGGUGGGCCACGGCGAGAUUGCCACCAUUCGCGUGCCGACGCACGAGAAUGGCAACUGCAUCUUCUGGGAGUUCGCCACCGACAGCUACGACAUUGGCUUUGGCCUCCUCUUUGAGUGGAACGCCACGCCCGACCACCAGGUAUCAAUUCACAUCAGCGAGAGUGAGGACGAGGAGGACGAGGAGGAAGUUGAAGGCUCGCCCAAUGACGUGGAAAAGGGCGGCGGCAAUCUGAUCGGCGGAGGCGGCGACGAGGAGGCCAACCUGGAGAUGAAGAUUCCUCCCAACAAUAGCAGCAAACUACUGGGCCCAGGCGACCCGAAUGACCCGCAGCAACAGCCCCCUCAGCCGCCGCCCGUCAGCGUCAUCAUUCCCAUCUACAGGCGUGACGCCCACGAGGAGGUCUUUGCGGGCAGCCAUUCGUACCCAGGUCGAGGCGUGUACCUGCUCAAGUUCGACAACAGCUACUCGCUGUGGCGCAGCAAGACGCUCUACUACCGCGUCUACUACACCAAGGAAACUUGA